AAUGGUCUUCUUGCAGUGUUACGUUCUUUUAAAGAAUAACAGACAUGAAUACAACAAUGAGUUCUGUAGAAAGUGGCGGUGAGAAACGUGUACCAGAAACGACUGUGCAAAAUGUUGCGCAAAAUUUAACUACAAUACAAUCCGUGCAAAGUGUACAAAGUGUCGUACAGAGUAAUAUACAGAAUAUUCAGUCAACACAAACCAUUGUGGGUUCAAUUGGAACACCUACUAAUCACGUAGGUAAAUCAAUAUCGAUGGAUACAAACCCAAAAUUACCCCUAAUGAAACCUGUAGUUCCAUCUGGUACCACAUCCACUUCGGAAACUAAUAAAAUAACAACGCUUUGUUCCGUAGGUUCUACAGUAAGGAUAAUAUCUCCAGGUAUGUUGAGUACGGUCGAACGUCAAAAUCAACCACAAACUCAACAACUGUUACAACAAACGCAACAGGUAACUAGUAUGCCGGCAACGUAUCAUGUACCGAGAGGACCAGCUGCUGUUGCCAAUAUAUCUGCUCCAAGAUCGACAGUGGCUACUCCUAUUGUUAGAGCAAAUACUGGGCAGACUGUUCCUACAACAAGGUCCGGAAUAAGUACACCUAUUUCAAAUCCCCAGUGGCAACCUAAAACGACGUCAGUUGUGUAUGCUCAACCGCAGAGGCAUCCUACGCCUCCGGUGGGUCGAGUUUCAAGACCAUCGUCUACCGUGUAUACCAGCCAACAGCCUCGUUUAAUUACGCCGACAGGUCAAGGAAGAUCGGUACAAGCCACGAUGAUCACUGGAGUUCCGGGCACUCCAUCCAGAUUAAUAGCACCUGUUCUACAAACAAAUAAUAGUAUUACAAGAUUACCGGUCUCACAGAGUAGACUACCUACUCCUCAGGUGACAAAUAUAUCGCAGACUCCACAAUCUGGUAGAACCUCUGCUCAAACUAUUCAGCCCAAUCAAUCAAACAGAUCUCUAAGUACAACGGGUGCUGUUAGUCGCAUAGCUGUAUCAACACCUGUAGUUGGAACUGUAAAUAGGAUAAGUGGUACAGCUUCGGUAACUGUUCAACCAACAGUGGGGCGGCAAUUGUCGAUUAACACAGUGGCUGGUCCAUCGGCCGGUACUGUUAGUCGAAUCGUCAUCCCAUCUCAGCAAGUGCAGCAACAGCCACAGUCGCAUCAGUCGCAAUCGCAACAACAGGCGACCCCACGUGUUGUGCAAACAGUAACAUCUUUGUCGAAUCUCAAUACAGUGUCGCGAGUAAUUAAUACAACAGCAAGUACGUCAAAUGCAACAAGAAUAUCACAACCAGCACCAACUACAGUUGCUAGAAUCACUGGAAUGUCUUUACAUCCCUUACCUUUAGCGCCCGCAAGGGCUACCUCCGCACCUGUUAAAACAGUGCAAGCUCAAAACAUUGGACCGACUGUUCAGAUUAAACCCUCUCAGCAAUCUGGUUUGCGAGUUUCUUCGGCGAGUAGUGCAAACAAUAAUUCGAAUACGAUUCCUGCUCAGUCUGGUCAAGGGCAGUAUUUACAUCCACCACAUACCGCCACCUACUAUUCCUUUGAACCAACAGGAACAUAUUCACAAUAUCGACAAACACCAGUAAGAUUACUUGUUGAACCAGGGUACGAUGAACCACAUACCAAACCAAACGCAUCUCCAAGACCAAGCAUACUUAGAAAAAGAGAUCACGACACUUCACCCGUGAAAGGUGUAGCAAAAAAUUUAGUUCCUGUACUCGCGUCUUUACCUCCUGUCACGACAUCCAGUCCUCCUUGUUCACCAAGAGGAGAUCAAGACGGCGGAGGUUGUCAAAGUUCAGGAUCCACUACAGUUUCGGCUACAUCGUCACCAGGUUUGGAUGAAGAACCAGAACAGUCUAGAAUUACUAUGAAUACGACGGUGGAGAUGUCCCCGAGAAAGAAACCUCGAAAACAACAACUUACCAGUGUAGAGUUAACAGAAUCAAGAUGCACGGAGGAAGAAAUGCAAUUUAUUACGGAGGACAGAAUGAAGAAAGAACUUAAAGAAGAACCUAAAGAAAAAUCGGCUGAUAAGAGACAAAUUUCAAAUGCGCAACGUGACAUUAUUAAGUCUCCUACGCAACAGUCAACUGUUGCUAUACGAACGCGACCUAUACCUAGUUUGUUAGGGCCAUCUUGGAAGAACCGAUGGGGUAGCAGACUUCAUCACUAUAGAAGACCCAGCGAAGUUCGACCCCGUGAAGAAAGACGACCGACAGUUGCAGAAAUAGCACAACAAAAACAUGUAUUACAAAAGCUAAAUGGUUGGAAGGUAUAUCAUCUCACGGCGCAAAUGGAAGAUAUUGCUGAUCUUGAGAAACAAGUACAUGAGAAAUUGAAAACAACACUAACGAUGCUCGAAUCGCAGCAGAACAUCAGGACUAGACAGGACGAUGGGCUUGAACGAGUAAAUGAACUAAUUAAAGGAAAUAUGCAACGUAGCAGCUUAAUUAGCGAAGGAAUGAAUGAAGCACGAACGCAGCUUAUUGCAAUAUUUCAACAUAAAGGACCUAUUACCGAUAUUUUACAACGAUGUGGUAAUAAACGGGCUCAAAAGAAACGAGACAAAUGAGCUGGUGUUUACGUUAAACUCGAAUUGAAAUGAAUGUUUUUAAAGGAAAUCUUACAGAG